CCAGCGGAGCUGCGCGCCGGCGCCGAGGCAUGGCGGUGCGGACUCAAUAGAGCGGAUCGUGCGGCCGCGGGGACGGAGGGCAAUGGGAUGGGCGACUGGCGCUGUCCGCCAUUGACCGCCCGCGACUGAGGGACGCGAUCUUAUUUUGCAUCGUCUUUUACUCGAGGGGGAGGGGUGUCUAUACUUUUCGGGACGCCCUCCCUGCUUGGCGCGGUAAUGGCCACCGACAUGGAGGCGCUGGGCUCGGCCGAGGCAGCGUCGGGCAGCGGCCUAGACGACGAGGAGGAGAGCUGGCUGUACGGAGAUGAAACCCCUGGUAAACAAGAAGAGAUGUCUUUGUUGGAUGGGGAUGAAGAUUCUUUGAAACCAUUGCAGGAGAUGUCACUUGAAUUUAAGGUCAACAACUUGGAAAUGGCCGACGGUCUGUCACAAAAUGGUGGUGACGAGGAUGACAGUGAUAGUGACAGUGAUGACGAUGAUGUGAAGGUCACCAUUGGCAACAUUAAAACGGGUGCACCACAGUAUAUGGGCACGCCAAUGAAUUUGAAUCUGAAGAGUGGACGUACCUAUGGUUCUUCUGCAGCAAAACUACAUUCUAGAGGCAUUGACCUUGAUGCCCCUGGAAGCAUCAAUGGAAUUCCUGUGAUUGAAACAGACUUGGACACAUUUGAAGAUAAACCAUGGAGGAAACCAGGUGCUGACCUUUCGGACUACUUUAACUAUGGCUUUACUGAAGAGACCUGGAAAGCAUAUUGUGAAAAGCAACGAAGACUUCAGUUAGGACUCGAUCCCAUCCUUGCAACUGUGCCGGACAACAAAAUAUUGUUUCACCAGGUGAGAGUGUGUAGCAUGGAGAAAGAUAUGGAAAACAAUUUGCCCAAAUUGGAAAUGAAGGAUGAUUUCAUGUCUCCACCUGGAGCAAGGAUGAAAGCAGGCCCACCACCCAAUAGUAUUUACUGCAGAAAACUGGCCGGCCAGAUUGACGUUAUUGGCGGAUUCACGGGCUCGAUCAGAAGGGUAGAAGGACGGCGGCGAGACAGGCACGGAGGGGAUGAAACUGCAAUUCAGGUUCUUGGAGAUCAUGCAAACAAACGGCCGCCAUUUGCAGCCCCUACAGGUCCUCCUCCUCCGAUGCCUGGACCACCUUGUCAUUUCAUGCAUCCACCCCCUCCUGUCACAAGUGGGCCACCACCCAUGCACCCACCAGGAAUGCCCCCACCUGGAUCCAUACCAGCAUUAUUUCCACCACCGUCUGUUCCCCCUCCAUCUUUACUGCUGCCAAACAUAGAAGGUGUUCCACCUCCAGGUUUUGACAACAGGCCACCCCCUCUCUUUCCCUUUAAUCCUACAGAAGCUGGCUUAAUUGUAUAUCCAGCAGUCACCACAGCCCAGUCAUCCUGGAUAAACAAGGUGGAUAAAGGUACCAAUAGCCACUGGGAGUACAAAGGGCCACGAAGAGAACGCGAGCGAGAGCGCGAGCCCGAUCGAGACAGAAACCGUGAGCGAGAUCGAGGCCCGACCCCAACGGCCGAAUAUAAUAGAGAACGGACCUAUGACAGAGAGUAUCAUCGGAGCAGAGAUCGCAGUCGAGACAGAGAAGAUCGCCACAGGGAAAGGCGGCACAAAGAUAAGGAUGAUACCAAGCACAAGUCGUCAAGGCGCAAACAGCAUGAGAACGAGGAAGGAGAAACUCACAGACGUCACAAACACAAGAAGAAUAAACGAAACAAAGAAGAUAAAGAGGCAGGGGGUGAAGGUACUGCAACAACCGAGGCAGAGACAAAGGAAUAACUCAGUCGCUGAACUGGUCUCCAUACUGGGACAUAUUCGUGAUGUGCAGGUUUGGUGAAUGCAACUUUGUGGGGGAAGAAAAAACCAACUCUAUGGACUCUGAUGCCUAACAGCUCAAUGAGGAGCCUGAUCCUACCUUUCUACGUACUUACACUUGGGAUUUUUUUGUAAAGUGUGCUUGGAAAACAAACAUUAAAAGUUUUUUUUCUAAAUA